UAUUAGGAUCAAUGUGCUCGCCCCGGCCAUCUUCGCCCUGGGCUGCGUCGCCCGUCCCUCAAGUACCAGGUGGCCCAGGACGGCCUCGACUCGCUCAUCUCCGUCAGCUCCGACGUCGACGUCGACCACCUCGUGGACGGGCUCGACCACCUCCACGACGAGGCCACCGCCAGGCCGCUUUGCCUCCGCGUCUUCCUCUUCGCCCUCGUGCUCGAUGUCGCCUUCGGCUCCAUCCUCCUGGGCACCGCUGCCCAUGUCGCCUCCACGGACUGAUGCAAGCUGGACGAGUCCCGCACCCGCGACAUCGUCGUCGACGCCGUCGCCAUCGAGCGCGAGUUCGUCCGCGUCGCGUUCCCCGCAGCAUGGACGACGCCCUCACAAACCUGUACAUCGCGUUCGUUGCCGACAGCUUGCCCAUGGUGCUCUGGGUGCAGAAGCUGAGGUCCUCAAUGUCUCACCCACAACGUGUUCGACGCAAUGUCACAACCGCAGCACCACCCCGGCUUUGUGCUCAGUUGUCUGCCCACUUGGUGUUCACAAGACUUGCACACUCGAGAGGAAGCUAAUCAGGUACAUUACCAGCUGCUACCAUCCUCACUUGAUUGUUGUCGUUCCUGUUGAAGUUGCCAACUAUGUUCUUGAGGACUGCAUGAUGCUUGAUACAAUGGGUGAGCCGAAUCCAGCAAUUCCUUGGCAGGAUAGCAACACUUUGAUUUCUGAAACAAUCCGGCUAUGCUUCACUUUCUGGGUACUAUUCAGUUAUGGUUUGGCUGGGGUGCACAAAAGGCUACCAUGGCCUCCACCUGUGCCAUUAGAAAGGUUACUGUCAAUGUUGUGGUAUUGCUCAGUCAGAGAGUGCAAAUUGAAAUUGCUAGAUGGACACAUUGUCAUCUCAAAUUCAGUCACUGUCUUUAGCACUACAAAAAGCAGAUUUUAUCUUGAGUAAUGAACUGCAAUGGUUGUUUUUAUGGCCAUCCCCUCAAAUCAGAGUGACAGUUCUGCAUUUUGAUGCUGCAAAAAAGGUCAUUGACAAACUGCAACUGCGAAGCAAAAUCUUGGAUUUCACUGACGAACAGCAAGCUGAUUGCACAGACCUGAAAUUCAUUGAAGCGAGAUAUAACACAAAGCUAAAAAAUGUACUGCUGCGUGACUGUGCACUUGCAUGUAGUCCUAGUAGGUGUUCAGAAGUUGAGAGCUUAAUCCACACAAAAUUGGGAAAUGCUUGCAGCUGUUUACUUGAUGACCGUUAUGAGACUGAUAACACCCAGUUCCUUUUGAGGGGAGAAUCAAAGUUCAGCAGUGCAAUAAUUCUCACAAGACAAAGGAAGAUUCAGCUGAUGGAAAGCUUUUUUAUCGUGAAAAUUGUUACCUGGGUGUCUGACAGUAUGCCAACAUGUGUCUGGAGAGUAGGCAUCCAUGAUCAGGAUAGGCAUUUCAUAUUGUGCUUCAGAAUUAUUUACACAUCAAGUGCAUUGCAGCUCCUACUAGUAUCGAUGCGACACCAAAGAAAUGAAUCAACCAGUUCAUUGGUCAACACUCAAAUCAUGCAUUUUGCCAUCCUAUAUGCACAGCUUAUGAAGGUAUGCACAGUCACCUCUAGUGCUCUUGAUGCAUUUGAACAAGCAUUGGUUGCUCACUGGUUAUGGAGAAAUUCAGAGAAACUGCUAUUGUGGUCAGAAGCAAAUUCAUGCAAUGUUCUGAAGCCACUUUCUGCAAAUUUGAUUGCAUAUAUUUCUGUUAAUGGCAUGGGCAGCCCUAGAGCUGAUAUGUCUUGGCCUCAAGGUGACUUCGGUUCUAUGGAGUUUCAGGAUUCAGAUCAAUAUGGGUGCACUAAACAAAGACAUUCAGAAUCAGUAAUAGUGACUUAAUUGUCUUGUGGUUUGGCA